GCCGGCAGGAAGCCCGGGGCGGCGCCGAGCGGAUGGAGCUGGUGGCGGGGUGCUACGAGCAGGUGCUGCUGGGGUUCGCCACGCGGCCCGGGCAGUCCUGGACAAUCGUCCCUGAUUUUACACAUCAUGCCCACUCUGCCUCAUUGUCAGCAGUAGCAGUGAAUAACAGAUAUGUGGUCACUGGGAGCAGAGAUGAAACAAUCCAAAUCUAUGACAUGAAAAAGAAGAUAGAACAUGGGGCGCUGCUACAGCACAAUGGUACAAUAACUUGUUUGGAGUUCUAUGGUACUUCACAUCUCUUGAGUGGGGCUGAAGAUGGACUCAUUUGUAUCUGGAACACAAAGAGAUGGGAAUGUCUGAAAUCCAUUAAGGCACAUAAGGGGCAGGUGACAUCGCUUUCUAUUCACCCUUCUGGGAAAUUAGCUCUGUCAGUUGGAACAGAUAAAACAUUAAGAACUUGGAAUCUUGUUGAAGGACGAUCGGCCUUCAUCAAAAACCUGAAGCAAAAUGCACACAUAAUUAAGUGGUCCCCUGAUGGAGAGCAGUAUGUGACUGUGAUAACAAACAAAGUGGAUAUCUACAGACUCGACACAGCUUCAAUCACUGGCACCAUUACAACAGAGAGGAGAAUUUCUUCACUUAGAUUUAUUACAGAUUCUAUCCUUGCCAUAGCUGGAGAUGAUGAAAUUAUAAGGUUCUACAGCUGCGACUCUCAAAAAUGCCUGUGUGAAUUUAAAGCUCAUGAAAACAGAAUAAAAGAUAUUUAUACUUUUGAAAGAGAAGGACAGCAUCUUAUUGUUACUGCAUCCAGUGAUGGUUACAUUAAAAUGUGGAAUCUGGAUCUUGAGAAGAUUAAAGAUGGGCCAUCUUUACUGUGUGAAGUCAAUACCAAAGCCAGGCUGACAUGUCUUGCAGUAUGGCUUGACCGAGCUUCAGAAAUGAAAGAAAACUCUGAUAAAGCUGCAACAUCAUCUCAAGCAAAAGAAGAUGAAAAAUCAUCAAUAGUCAGGAAAAGCAAAGUUUGUUGGACUGAUACAAGUGAUAAAACAGCAAAAAAAAAGAGAAACAUUAUUCCAGAGGAACAAAAAUUGGAAGCUCCAUUGCAAAAGAAGAAAAAGAAACGGAAUAGCCUGGCAUGAAGGCAGCUUCAUUCUCUCCUGUCUGAAAGUAAAUGCUGGUGUUGCUCUAGUUUUUAUAAGAAUGUAAACCUCUAACAGAACAUACACCUCUGAACUGAUCAGUUGUUUAAAAGUAAUUAAUGUUCUUAUCCUAAAAAAG